UGGUAACGUUGCCUUCCCCACUUCAAGCGUUGUCCAGGGCUAGCGACCCACGUAUCGCCCCGCAAACACAUUCAGACCCACCGACACUCUGUUCGAGAGAUGUGUCUGAGGCCCUAGAAGAGUUAGAGACUGAGUUGUCAGGGAAGGACCCUAGAGACUCUUGGGCGAUGAUCAAUAGAGGUCCAAAGGGUGAACAUUUCGUGGUAGAGGUUGAUGUAGGUGGCCGCAAAGUUGGCUCCUUCGCAGACAUAGGCUCUACACGAAACUUCAUCAGUCGUGCUUGUGUGGAUAGACUGCGCUUAGGGGACCAAGUGCAGCCGCUUAGCAGAACUGUAGCUUCUACGCUAGCCAACAAGCACCAAAUGGUAGUUAAAGACUAUGUCAAGGACGUAGUCUGUUCCUUCUCUUAUGGAGGAGGGGAAGUGAGACAUAAAAUCUCAUUCCUCGUUAGCGACGAACUGCCCUUCGAUAUGCUACUAGGCAUGUACUACCUCGAGGUCGUGCAACCUCAGUUUGAUUGGGAUAGGAAGGUGCUGAUACACAAGUUGCCAAAUGGUAGAACCGUUAGACUACGUAAGUAUAAGGCUAGCAGUCUAGUGGAGAACUACGGCUGCAUGUGUGCUUCCUCUUUCUAUAACUACUACAAGCAGAAUUGCGAGGAGGGCAUGUAUCUCGUCUUUGUCUCUGAGAAAGAGGAGGUCGUUAGAACACCCCCAGAUAUAGAAUCAGUCGUCGCAACAUAUUCAGACCUUUUUGAGGAGCCCACAGGCGUGGUAGAAAGGGAGGUGGUCCAUGCAAUAGAGGUUGUCCCAGAUAGUAAGGUGACUGCGGAGUUGGAUGAGCUUCGCCGCCAGGUCAAGGAGCUCAUAGAAAAGGGAUGGAUUCGGCCUAGUGCCUCCCCUUACAGUGCGCCAGUCUUAUUUGUCCCAAAGAAGGGAGGCACCUUGAGGAUGUGCAUUGACUAUAGGGGCCUCAAUGCCAUCACUGUUAAGAACGCGGAGCCCCUACCCCGCAUCAACGACCUCUUGGAUAGAGUGCAGGGAUGCCGGUACUUCACCAAGAUAGAGCUGAAGUCUGGAUACCAUCAAAUUGCCAUUAGACAUGAGGACCAACCCAAAACCGCAUUUCAGACCAGGUACGGUCUAUACGAGUUUGUGGUGAUGCCCUUUGGCCUAUGCAAUGCACCUGGUACGUUCCAGCAUGCGAUGAACAAGAUAUUUCAUGAAUACUUAAACAAGUUUAUCGUCGUGUACCUCGACGAUAUUCUUAUCUUUAGUAGGACUGUAGAGGAGCACGCUGAGCACUUGAAAAUAGUGCUAGGUCUCCUAAGACAACACCAGUACAAGGUUAACUUGGAGAAAUGCGCGUUCGGUCGCACCAAGAUCUUGUACCUGGGUCAUGAAAUCUCAGCAGAUGGAUUGAUGCCGAAUGAUGCUAAGGUGACCAGCAUACGUGACUGGCCCAGACCUCAGACUGUUACUAAGGUCAGAUCGUUUUGGGGGAUGACAGGCUACUAUCGUCCGUUUGUAAAGAACUAUAGUACUAUAGCUUCCCCAUUAACAGAUCUAACUCGACUGGACACCCCGUGGGAGUGGAUCGAAGAGUGUGAGACGGCCUUCAGGAAACUGAAGUAUGCUCUAACCCACUAUGAGGUUCUUAAACUUCCCGAUCCUGAUAAGCCAUUUGUUGUGACCACAAACGCCAGCCAAUAUGGCAUAGGUGCGGUCCUUACGCAAAAGGAGGGGCCCAAGUUGAGACCUAUCGAGUACAUGAGUAAGAAAAUGCCAUCUCAGAAACUAGCCAAGUCCACUUAUGAGCGUGAGCUCUAUGCCCUGUAUAGAGCGCUGGUACAUUGGAGACACUAUCUCCUUGGCAGAUUCUUCUAUGUGAGAUCUGACCAUGAGACCUUGCGCUGGAUUAAGACACAGUCGGUACUCUCCGACGCACUCAAGCGAUGGAUACAAGUGAUAGACAUGUAUGACUAUCAACUUGAUCCAAUCAAGGGUCUCGAAAAAGACACAUCUUCGUGAUAGUGGACCGCUUUUCUAAGUAUGCAAGACUUAUCGUAAUGCCAGAAACUGCUAAAACCGACUAUGUCAUCAAACUGUUUCUAGAUAACUGGGUCAAGGAUUUUGGACUACCUACGUCGAUAGUAAGUGACAGGGAUGUAAGGUUUACCAACGAACUGUGGCAAACGACAGCUGAACAAAUGGGUACCAAGCUC